AUGUGUGUAUAUGUGUGUGUGCGUGUGCGUGAAGGGACGCUGCUGGCGUGCCACUGUGGCAUUAUAAUUUUGUUCUGUGCUGGGAAUGCGCCGAAUGCGUUAGAAGAUGACUCAGUUAAAGCAGAAUGGGGGGAAAAUUUAAAAAAAUGA